UGAAACCCUUUCCUAACCCUUCCCCUUAUAUAAACCAGACCCCUUUUACCUUUUCUUCCACCCAAACUUCUCUUCACUCUAUCUGCAAUGGAACACCGAGUUGAAAGGCAGCAGAAAGGUGUUUCAUCCGACAAACAUGGCAAGUUCAAGGAGAGAAUUGCAAACAAUAUUAGCAGAAGCAAGUUUGUUGGGGUAAGGCAGAGGCCUUCGGGGAAGUGGGUAGCAGAGAUCAAAGACACAACACAGAAGAUAAGAAUGUGGCUGGGGACGUUUGAGACAGCUGAAGAAGCUGCCAGAGCUUAUGAUGAAGCUGCAUGUCUUCUCCGGGGUUCGAAUACACGAACCAAUUUCGCAACUCAUGUUCCUAGCAAUUCUCAUCUGUCUUCGAAGAUUAGAAACCUCCUCGAUCACAAAAAAGGUUUAAGGCAAGGCAAUUCUGCAACCAACUCGAAGAAAACCACGAUUAAAGCUAACACUAUACUUAGUAGUAAUAGCAGCAGUAGCAGUAAUGCUAGUAGUAAUGACAGUUUUCUAUCCAACAGCGGCGAUGAUAGCUUUCUAGCAUGUAAUUCCAUGAAACAAGACAUCCAGAUCUUUGAUGGUGCAUACAGGCCAGAUAUGAGCUAUCGCAUUGGGGAACUUGAACCAGCCACGUCGCAGUUUGGUCAGUCCUGGCCAAUCUCAACGGGGUUUGAUCAGAUUCCUUUAAACCAACAGGGAGUGCAGUUGCCACAAACUCUUGGUCCUCUGUCUAAUGCAAUUGAUCCAGAGCUACUGGAAUUCGAACGCUUGAAGGUAGAAAGACAGAUAGCAGCAUCUCUAUAUGCAAUGAAUGGAGUUGAUGAGUACCUCGAGAGUGAGUUUGACCUUGGUGAUAUUCUCUGGGAUCUUCCAACACAUAGCCAGUUGUUCUGCCCAAGCUGAUUCUCUCUUUCUACCAUGGAAUUUGAAGCACAUUAAGGCAGCUGGAAAACUUCGGCAGGUGGCAGCUAUGCUGCUGAUUGAUGAGUAAAAUUGAGAUUGUCUGUUUCUAGUAUCGCUAGGAGGAAAUUCUAUUAGGUGAGGCAGGAACAACAAUUUUUCGCUGUUGGAUGCAAAUUACUACUUAUUUCAGUUAUGCUCUGCAAAUCUUGUUUCUCUUACUCUUUUAAGUCCAGAAUAAAUGCUGGUAAAUCUGCGAGUAUCAAUUUUUCCUAGACUGAUUUGUCAAAGGAGAAGAGAUAUUUGCUAGGUUCGUUCAUGAUUGAUUCCUAGCCAUAAUGAGCUUUCCAUUCCAUGAUUAUAUAUUUCCAUAUUGACCUUUGUACAUUCUUAUGCAUAUCCAGUUUGGGAAGCAUUCCGAAAUUAACUCUUUCAAGCAUUUUGAGAAAAGCAAACUCUUAAGCCUCACUCCAUCCCUAUUUCUCUUUCAAUGAGCCUUAUGAGUUAGAGGAAAUCUUUCAAAUACUUUCCUGUUAUUUACUAUCAUCAAUGAAGUUGUACAUGAUUACCAUAUAUGUAACCGAUCUUAAAACUCCCCGGGAUACGAGGAAUACAGCAUGCAAAAAUCAACCGGAUAUGGGUGACUAUCACAAAUCAGACAAGUGGAGGCUCCAGGCAAGUUCAGGUCAAGCUCGUUGAGAUGCCGUGUACUCGUUUGGAUCUGUAGCAUUGUUUGCAGCAAAUGAUCUCUGCCUGGAGUUUUAACUUUUGGUUUAGAGAAGCCAAAGGUUGGGUUUGCAUAAUAAUUUACUGGUCAUUUCUACCUGAAUAAGUACUCUGCGCCAUGUUGCUUCGGUUCAUUUUCGUGAGGCGCACUCCUGACAAAUCCUAAUCUUAUACCAAGGCAACACCCAUUGCAAAUAAAUGUUGAAAAUCUUCCUGCAAUUAGUGAGAUGGUCGAAGAUAACAAUAUAACCGUUAUUUAUGAAUCAAUACGGUUUUCACCCGAGAAAUAUCUAGACUUGAGUUUGCAUGGUGGAAAUGUAUACUGCUGAGUUUAAUGAGCCCUAAACUGAACAUUUUCCUCUAUUAUCUGCGUUCCUUCAAAGGAGGGGACCAAGCACACGAGCAUUAAUCCAAGAAUAUUCCAUCUUUAUAACCGACAGGAUACCAAAGCCUGUGAAGCAACUUUUCCUUACCCUCUCAAUAUGCACAGUGAAAGAAGAUAGAAAUACUGAGGCAUAAAAGACCAUAAUUUCUUCAAUUUCCCCCUCUCCCAAGUAAUUUUAGCAAUUUUAUGGAAUCUGUUU